GCGGCUCCGCGCGGAGAAGGACCUGCUCAUCCUCGAGAUGCACCGCGGCAGCCAGGCGCCCACGACAUGGGCCACCUGCAAGCGCUGCAAAGAGUGGUCGUGGCACUCGACGCUCGAGAAGAACGACUACUGGUGCAGCUGCGGAGCCCGCGUCGCCAGGCCCAAGAAGGGAGGCGGCCACGACUCCAGCAGCGGCAGCGGACGGUGGCGACAGCAACCCAUCGGCAACAGCGGAGGCGCGAGCUCAGCUGCUGGAGGCCGAGGUCGCUGGCAGGACAACGCCGCCGCCUCCCCCGCCCCCCCCACCGAGCAGGGCGUCGCCAAGCUCGCCACAGCGCUGCGGACGGUGACAGAGUCCAUCGGCACGCUGAAGCUGGCCAACGGCGAGGACAUCGCGAAGCAGCUGACGCACGCGGCCGACGCGCUCAACGUCCCCGAGAAGAAGAAGCCGCCCAAGUCCAAGGCGGUGCGCCUAGCGGAGGCAGCGAAGGCGCUCGACUCCGCGACCCGCACCUACAAGUUGCAGGAGAGCGCGGACGCAGUCGUCAGCGCCGAGGCCGAGAUCGAGGCCAUCCAGAACGAGGGCAAGCAGAAGGCGCCGAAGAGCAUCCUCGAACAGCUGCUGGACACGGACGCCGACCUGCUCUCGCCCAGCGACGUGCAGAUCGCCGAGGUCGAGGCCGAGUUCCGCCAGGACGAAAACCUCGACGCCGAGGGCAAGAAGGCCGUGGGCGAGGCCAAGAGACAGGUGCUCGAGCAGCUGCAGCGCAACACCAGGAAGUUCGCGGGCCAGCUGAAGCAGCACCUCCAGGCCGCCAAGACCAAGGCCGAGCAGGAGCGGGCCGAGAUCCAGCAGGCCUACAAGAAGCGGAAGGCGGAUCAGCAUGCGACGGGACAGGCCGCAGACGCGCCGACCGCAGGGCGCGGUGGGAGACGGCAGUUUGGCGACGACUCCCACCACGAGCGCCACAUAUUUAGCGCCAGCGUCACGACCUGGGGCCCCGCGGUGUUGAGCUGGCCAAGACGAGACGGAGUGCGGCAGCCCUACGACGUCUACGCCAUCCAGGAGACCCGCCUGCCCCAGGCCCAGCUCGCGGACACGGAGCACUCUCUGCAGUGGAUGGGCUUCUCAGCAGUGUUCACCGCGGCGCGCGCCAGCACGAGCAGCCCCAGUGGAACUUGCGGAGGCACGGGGGUCCGCACCAAGGGCCACCCCAAGGCAACGACACACCGACAUCCGGGAGAGCGUACCAACGUCUCGGACGCCACCACCUACGACGCCGGCGACACCCGCGCCACUUACCGCAUGUGCGACUGGACGCCAGUCACUCUGCACCUGCGAG